GAAGUUUUCAGUGGAAAGUUUAAAAAUGAAAAAUAAACAAACAAAAUAAAUUUGUUGUAGGCUGUCCUGAUAAACAAAUUUUAAAAUGUCAUCAGACAAUAUUAAAGUGGCCAUUCGUGUGCGAAAUUUAAUUCAAAAAGAGCUGUCGACUGGCCUGAAGUCCCAUUGGACAGUACGGGACAACAUCAUUGUGUGUAACGAAUCAGAUAGUAAUGGCCGGAAACCUUCGCCAUACACUUUUGAUCGGGUGUUUGAUGAAUCAACUGUCACCUGUGACAUCUUCGAUGAAGUCUGCAAACCUAUUGUGGACUCUGCAUUGGCAGGAUUUAAUGGCACAAUAUUUGCAUAUGGCCAAAGUUCUUCUGGCAAGACGUUUACAAUGUCGGGCACGAGGGUGCAGCUGGGUAUUAUCUCUCUUGCUGUAGAAGAGAUCUUCUCUUCCAUCAAUAAUAUUCCAGACCGUGAGUUUCUUAUCCGUGUGGGUUACAUGGAGAUCUACAAUGAGAAAGUCUCUGAUCUGCUCAGCGACUCAGACCAGAACCUUAAACUGCAGGAAGAUGUGAACCACAACAUUCAGAUUGUGGGCCUGAGUGAAGUGAUGGUUAAAGACACACAGUCUGUCAACGACACUAUCACCAAAGGAAACAAAAAGCGUCACACUGCUGAGACUAAGCAGAAUGACAGGAGUAGCCGCUCCCAUUGUAUCCUCAGAUUUGUGAUAGAGAGUCGCCAAGUCGGCCACGAGGAUGAAGCAGUUAAUGUCUCCAAUCUUUACUUUGUGGAUCUUGCUGGUUCAGAGAAGGCGGGUGAUAAUUCAGGGGACCGAUUCCGAGAGGGCUGUGCUAUUAAUAGAUCUCUCUUCACCCUUGGAAAUGUCAUCAGGAAACUAAGUGGUGAUGCCAACCUACAGCAUGUGACUUUUCGAGACUCCAAGUUGACACGGAUCCUACAGAAUGCCCUUGGUGGGAACAGUAAGACUGCCAUCAUCUGUACCAUUACACCUGCCCACAUUGAAGAAUCUGACAGCACUCUCAAGUUUGCAUCUCGAGCCAAGAACAUUGUUAACAAGACUCAUGUGAAUGAGGUGAUGAGUGAUGAGGCGAUGCUGAAGAAAAUGAGACGCCAGAUCCAGAACCUACAGGCACAUAUCAGCAAGAUGAAUGACGUUGAUGUUCACCUGGAGAAGGUGGAGCUGGAGAAACAGCUUGCGGAGAAGGAGGAAUACCAUCGCCAGCAGACGGAGAUUAUCUCUAAGCUGCAGAACAUGAUUGUCACCGCUGGCUCCAACACCCCCAAUGAUAACAAACCUGCACGUAAAACCAGGAGGGAAACUUGGUGUCCAGGGAAGGCAAAGAGAGAAUUUGGAAUGCCACAGUUCUCUCCCCUGGGUGCGAGCGAUUACAAGAAGCGUAAGAUUGUCCCACUGCCCUCUGACCUACAGAACAGCGUGUUUGAAGAGGAGGAUUCUCUUCAACUUCUCGAUAACAUGGCAAUGUCUGGUGGUGACAGCCUGCAGGAGAACCUCUGGCAGGCUGCCAAUGGGGUAGCAGAUGACACCAUACAGACAAACCCAGUUACCAAGGAGCUCUUCAAACUGCAAGAUGAGCAUGAAUUGUUACUUGAGGAACUGCAGAGAAAGCAGCAGGAUAUGGCUGAGCUUCAAGAAUUCACUGAGCUGGAAAGAGGCUGCCUUGAGGACACUAUUACACAGCUAAAACUGGACCUUGACCUGAAGAAUUCAGAGUUGAAAAAGACGCAUGCCUUGCUGGACCAGAACACGGCACAGAUGUCAAAUGUGACCUGGCUUGAGGAAGAGUUGAUGAAAUCACAGAAGGAACGCAACACCCUCCGACAGAAAAUGGAGGCCGUAAACCGACAACUGUCUUUAGUUGAAGACGGAACAGGACUCUCCAAGAAGGUUCAUGAACUUGCUUCAUCGGAGGCAAAGGUUUCUGAUCUCAACUCUGAGCUGGACAUUCAGAAAUCCAAGUAUGAGUUUCACAUUGACCAGCUGAAGAAGAAACUGGAGCAGUAUACUCUUAUGUUGGAGGAGAAAGGUGUAAAUCCUGAGGAAUUAAAGAUCAGGAAUGUGGAUGAAGAAUUAGGUAGUACUUGUGUGAAAAGAAUAGGAAGUAUCAGUGAAACUGAUGAUGAUAAACAGUUAAAGGAGAAAUAUGAACAUGAGGUUACUGAUCUGAGAAAUGAAAUAGAUAUGCUAAUGAUCAAUUUAGAAAAGGAGAAAAAUGUUGCUAAUGAGUUACAGAAACAGUUUGAUGUAGAGUUUGAUGAAAUGAAAGCACAGCAUAAGAAAGAUCAAGAAGAAAUAAGGGAAGAAAUUGAAAUAUAUCAACACUUGCUGCAGGAGGAAAAAUCCAAAUAUGCAGAGAACAUGGAAAAAUUGAAAAAUGAACUAAAUGCUUACAAAGAUAACAUCUCUGAUACAGAAAAAGAAAGUGACAAGAAUUUGGAAAUUGAUGAAGCUGUUAACACAAUCAGAAAAGAGUAUGAAAUGAAAAUUGAAGAACUUCAGGCAACUGUCAGUUCUAGAAUUUCAGCUGAAGAACUAGACAAAGUCAAAGAAGAAUAUGAAGAUAAGUUGCAGGGGAUUAAAAAUGAGUUACAAGAAAAUGAAAGGGUAAAAGAACAGAAGGGUGAACUUGAAAGAAUUCCAACACCUAUAGAUGAUAAAGAACAAGUAUCAACAGAAAGGGAGCAAGAAAUAGAACAAAUGAAAAUAGAGUUAGAAGCAAAAAUUGAAGAACUUCAGAUAUCUUUGGGGAAUGAAAAACAAGGGCUGACUGAAAAGGAACAAGAAAUUGAACAGAUGAGGAAAGAAUUUGAAGCAAGAAUUGAAGAACUUCAUACGUCUUUGGAGAGUAAAGAACAAGUGUCAAAUAAAAGUGAAGCUGCAUUAAAGGCUAAAUUUGAGUCUGAAUUAAAUGAAUUAAAGGCCAGCUAUGUAAACACUCAGAGAAUAUGUUCUGUGGCUGACAUGCAGUGUCAGACUGACAAAUUCAGGCAUGUUAGUUUUAACCUAGCAUCUGAGCUUGACGAACUGAAGAGACAGAUUAAAGAAUUAACAGAAGAAAGAGAUGCUUACAUGGCACUACUGGAUGAGAGUGCACAGGGAGGUAACUCAGACAGUGUUUCAGAGGAGUUGUUGAAAAAGAUUGUACAAAAAGAUGAAGAUUUAACUCAAAUGAAGGUUAAAUAUGAGUCAAGAAUAAAGGAAUUAGAAGAAAAUCUGUUUGACUUGACAAUGCACAGUAAAGUAAAUGUUAAGGAAUCAGCUGAAGUAGAAAGUGAAACAAAUCUGCAGGCAGAGUUACUUAGAGGAGAGAUUGCAGCCUUGAAAGAUGGUCAUAAAAAAGAAUUGGAGAAAAUAAAGGAAGAUCUAAAUCUUGAACAUGAAAAUCGCCUGAAGGAAGAAACGAAAAAGUUAGAGAGUUUAUUAGAAUCUGUGGAUGAGAGGAGAGUUGACCAUGAAGAACAUAACAACAUGAAAUCGGAGUAUCAGGUUCAAAUUCAAGACUUGAAUGAAGAGAUAAAAAUUUAUAGGGAUCUUCUGGAGGAAGGAAAACAGAAAAGAGAGGCUGCCAAAAAUAAUGGUCAAAAUGAUGCAACUGCUAAUAAUGACAAUAAUGAAGCUAAAUUUGUGACUGAAAUUGAAAGACUUGAGGAAGAAGCAAGAAAGUAUGAGGCUUUGUUUGAAGCAGAAAAGGCUAAACAUGUAGAUGAGGUAAAUUCAGAUAUUUCUUCUGAGUUGAAUGAACUGAAAGAGUCACAUGCAAGAGAAAUAGAGAUGUUGAAAACUGAAUUCCAGAAAUUUGCUGAACAACACUUUGAUGGUGAACAAGAAAUCAAGAGAGUAUAUGAAGAAGAAAUAAUCGUACUGAGGAAGGAAAUAGAAGAUUUGAGUAAUAAACUUGAAUCGAUUCAAGAGUCCAAAGAAGCAGCUGAGGGGGCAUCCGAUGGAGUAACAAAAAUUAGAGAAGAGUUUGAUGCUGCUAAAGAAAGAUAUGAAAAUGAAAUUGAGCAUUUGAAAAAUAAGCUGGAAUCUGUAAAUAAACAUACACCUGAUAUGGCUAGUGAUCUGCAAACAGAAAUGUUGAGAGCUGAAAUAUCGGAUCUCAAAGCAAAGCAUACAGAACAAAUAGAGGAAUUAACUGGAAAUCUUAAAGCAUUAACAAAGGAGUUAGAAACUACAAAAGAUGCGCCAACUGGAGGGGAGGAUUUGCAGACUGAGCUGUUAAGAACAGAACUUACUGAAAUGAAAGAGAGGCAUUCUGAUGAAGUGGAGGACUUGAGGAGACAGCUGGAGGACAGAAAUAACACCACUGGGGUGAAGAGCUUCUCGCUUGAAGAGAGCAUGAGUUGCACCGACCUGGACCAGUCUAUACGUGAUUUGCGUGAAAAGAACAAGCAGCUAGAAACCAGUCAGAUUGAAGAGAGAGACAACAGCAAAAAACAAAUGGCUCUGUAUGAGAGCACAAUAGAGGAGCUCCAUGUGGAUUUGUCAGCCAUGCGCAGCCAACUGGAGCAACUAUUCUCGGACAUGCAGGUGCUUCAGGACGCCAACACACGACUCAAACAUGAGAAACUGAACCUCAUUAACAUGCGUGAACAGCUGGAAAAUGCUUCUACUAAGCAUGAAGAACUCAUAAUAGAACUGAAGGCUGAAAUUCAACAUCUCAAUGAAGAAAAAUAUAAUCUCAGAACAAGAAUAAAUUCUUUAGAAGAAAAUAAGAAAGACAAAGAAGAAUCACAAGAUAAUUUGGAAAAUGUAACUGGUGAACAAACACAAGAACUAAAAGAAAACAUGCACAGAAUUGAGGCUCAGUUGGCUGAAGUCAUGGAAGAGAAUGAUUUGCUGCAAGAAAAGUUAAGAGAUGCCAAGAACAAUGUGGAAACUAUGACAGAAAAAGUUGAAGAGGCAGAGACUUAUGUGAAAGUCUUGGAAGAAAAGUUAUCUGAAACAAAAAUGAAAAGUGACAUACCAGGCAGUAAAGAAGGCACUGAAGAAAUUACAAAGGUAAAAGAACAGUUGAAGCAAGCAUUUGCAGAGCUAGAAAGUGCGAAACAAGAGUUGAAGAGAAGCAUGGACAAUGAAAACAAUCUUGAGUUUAAGUUGAGAGAAGGAAAGGAACAUACAGAACAGCUUGAAGAAGAGUUACGUAUGGCAGCGGAAAAUAAAAACAUUUUAGAAGAGAAGCUUAAAAGCAGUAAGGAAAGUCUUGCGGACAUUAAUGAACAACUUAUGCAAGCAAAUGAUGAAAUCAUUGAUCUUGGUGAACAGCUGUAUAAAGUCAAAGAAAAGUUUGAAGAACUUCAGAAAGAACUGAGUGAAUCAAGAGAACAAAUGGAAUUCUCAGAAAAGCAACUUUUGGAUGCUAAUUUGACCAUUGAUGCACUCAAAGAACAGCUUGCACAUGCAAAUGAUAAAAUAGAAGAAAUGGAAUUGACAGAAAGUCAAUUCAGUGACAAGAUUCUUAAGUUAGAGUCAGAAAUUGUAGGUUGUGCGGAAUAUGAAGAAAAGAUUGUUACACUGGAGACUGAUCUAGACUUGUAUAAAAGCAAAGUAUCUGAUUUAGAAGAAACAUGCAAAGAUUUAGAAUUAUUGACAGAGAGAUUGAAAGGAGAUUUAGAAAUUGCCCAAAACACAGACAUAGAAUUGAAGGACGUUCAAACAAAGUACCAAGAAGCUAUUGAUAAACUAGAAUCUGAUUUGAAACUUUCAAACAAUCAACUUAAGGACCUAGAAGAAGCACAUAAGAGUGUAGAAUGUGAACUUAAGGAGGCUAAGUGCGAAAUAGAAUCAAAAUCCUUAGAUGUACAAAGAUCUGUAGAAGAUGCAGAAACUCAUAAACUUGCUUUUCAAGAUAUUUCACUGGAAAAAGAGGAUGUUGCCAAAGAGCUGGAAGCAACAAGGCAACAGAUAAAAUUAAUGAAGUCUGAAAAUUCAAGAAUUGAAACAGAGCUGGAAGAUGCUAAAGCCAAAAUAUCAUGUUUGACGGACAAUAUAGAAAAAUUGACGCUUGAAUCAAAUUGCAGUGUAGCUUUGGAAGAAAAGAUGGCACAACUGCAAGAGCAGGUUUUAUGUACAGAGGAAGACAGAGUGAAGCUGGAAAAGAAAGUUGAAGAGUUAAAUGUGAUUCUAGAGGCUGGGCAGGAGAAGGUUCGUGAGUUGGAGGUGCAAAAUGAGCAGCUAGAACAUGACAAGGUGGACCUGACCGCCCAGGUGGAGAUGGAGGGCGGGGAAAUGAAGAACCAAUUAGAGGAGAUAAGAGCCAAACUCAUAGAGACUGAACAGACAAUAGAAAGCUUGGAGUCGGACAAGGUUGGUCUACAGGAGGACAUCUUCCAGCUUGAGCAGGGGAGGGAACUCGUCCUCAAGUACCCCGUUGAUCCUGUAAACUUCAGCUGGGAAAAGAAGUGGAGGGAGUUUGUCAUUGUUGAGAAAUUAAAGAGAAAGGCUGUAUACAAGGAGAACACAACACUAAAGCAGAGUCUUGAGGAGGCUGAAACACGCAGGAAAAAUGCCUUCAAGGAAGCAUUUGAGGAGGCCCAGAAGCAGGUUAAGUCAGAGGAGUUGUACCAGAAGCUGAAGGCUGAUCUUAAGUCAGUGAAUGCAGAGGCGGACAAGCUGCACAGUGACCUUCAGGAUGAACGAAAAGUCACCCAACAACUACGGGACGAACUAGAGAAAGGGACAUCGGCAGGACAAGAACAAGGCAUAGCAAAACAAGACAUGGACUUCAUGACAGAGGACCAUCCCUGCAAGUACAAGCUGCAGAGCUUCAGCGCCUCGGAGGAACUACGGAAGGCCUCUGAAGAGUUUGAAAAGAGAGUCGUGCAGUACAAGGAGACAAUAGACCAGUAUGAGGCGAGGAUUUCCCGCAUGAAGAACGAGAUGAGGAGGCUCCAGAACCUAGAUAAUACUUUUGAUGUGAGGACACUGAAGCCACCCAGUUUUGAAGAGAAUAAUUCAUUUAGAGCCGACACCUCAGAAAAUCAAUCUGGUAUGGAGAGCAAGGCAGACACAAAUCAGUCAUCUUCCCUCACUGGCCAGCACAGUGCAAGUGGGGGAAUCAUGGACCACUUUAAGGUGUGUCUGGUGGAGGCGGAGAACAAGCGACUGAAGCAGGAGGUGGAGCGCAUGAAGAAACGUGUCGCCCACUGGGAGGAGUUUGACAAGGAGAACGUCUCUGUGGAAACACUACGGCAACUACGCCACAUGGCUGACAAGGGCAAGAAACUGGAGGGCAAAAAUGCCAGCCUUCAGGCCGAACUGAAAAAGCUGAAGGAGAAAAGUGGAUCCCCGGCGAAAAACAGCACCUCAAAAUACCUGAGAGACAUGUUCCCUGUUGACUCCCCGUCCCAGACCAACUCCCUGCGAGAAACGCCCAGCCCCCGUAAGGCCCCGGGACCCAGAUAUCACGUGCCAGACCUUAACCCGAGCAAGAAGAAAACAGACGAGCCGGACAAUUGUAAAGCCCAGUAAAGGGCACGUGGACCGAGGAGUGAAGACGAACCAUUUGAUGUCUUUUCGAAGCUUUUUGCUUCAGUGUGAAACGGAUACUGACAAGUAUCCACAACAAGAAGCCUCUUUAGUGUAACAUUUGUGGAUAAACAGGUAGUCUGGGCUUUUUUUUAUUGGGUUAUUAUUCUAUAUACCUAUGCGGUAACAGUUUUUAUUAUUUUAUGAUAUAAGAUGCAUUGUGAUCUUAAAUCACAAUAUUUGUUUAUAAAUAUUGCACAUAUUCUUUUCUUUUCUGAUUUCUUGAUUAUUUAAUAUGAUCGCUAUGUACUAUGUAGUGAAUAAAAUCACACAUAUGCA